UUUGAGAAUACUGAGAUGUUUGGGGGUUGGGGGUAAUCAGCAUAUUUCUCAGGGUGCCUGGCUGUGGGAUGCUGGUACAAAUCCCUGCUCUGCUCCCUAUCACCUGUCACUCCCCCCUCCCAAUUUCCUACCACAUCGGAUAUUUUAUCUCCUAAGUAUAUACAAUAAAGUAUUGCAAAACAAGUAAAAGCAAAUGGCUCUUGGGACAAAUGUGGGUAUUUGUGAGAUGUAAUCUUAAUUUAAACCUGUCUUUUCAUUUUCUGAAGAACUCUGGGAUUGAGAAAGCUUUUCUUUUUGAUGUUGUCAGCAAGAUCUAUAUUGCAACAGACAGUUCCCCUGUUGACAUGCAGUCCUAUGAGCUAUGUUGCGACAUGAUUGACGUUGUGAUUGAUGUUUCUUGCAUAUAUGGAUUAAAAGAAGAUGGCAGCGGUAGUGCAUAUGACGAGGAAUCUAUGGCAAUUAUUAAACUCAAUAACACAACUGUUUUAUAUUUAAAAGAAGUGACAAAAUUUCUAGCCUUGGUGUGUAUCCUCAGAGAAGAAAGCUUUGAGCGCAAAGGCCUCAUAGACUACAAUUUCCACUGCUUCCGCAAGGCCAUCCACGAGGUCUUUGAGGUGGGCCUUUCCUCUCACCGCUCCUGCGGCCAUCAAGCCAACAUUCCCAAUUUGAAAGCAGCGACUCAUAACGGCACCCCGAAGGAGGACUGAGUCGGGACGGCCUGGGGCUGGCUUGCCUACCCUGGGCCUGGGUCAGGGCAGGAGCAGCAGCACGGAGGAUGGGCGGCACGACGUCCUCCGUUUUGUUUGAAGCAAGCGGAGGUGGCCCUCCCCAGGAGUGACUGAGGGGAAGCCAAGAGGCUGUGGGGUGCCUUUCGUGGCCAUUGGGCAGGCAGCCUCUCCUCCACGGGGGAACUUUCUUCUUUGUUUCCGGAUUCAGCAGCAGGCGAUGUGCUCCAGGCGCUCAGAAACUCAAGCGUAGUAGUUCUUAAGUUACUUGAGUAUACGCUCCACACAUUCCACCUGAGAUAUCGCAUUGUUUUGUGGUCAUGCCUGAAAGAAGCCACCUCUCCUUUGCAAACCCAUGGAAUGAAAACGCCCGUCUGCUUUUCUAGCUCUAACUGUCCUCAGAACUGUUUGAAAGGUCACGUCUUGAGUUGCCAAGCUUUUGGCCACUCGGUAUCAGUGCCUGCAAUCAUUCGUGCCCUGUUUUUUUUACUCUGAUUCUUCUACGCUAUUUUUCCCCCUGAAGCGGGUUUGGGUGGCGCUGGCUCCCUCAGCUAGGAAACGGAGAUGAGCGCCAUCCCCUAGAGUGGGACACGACUGAUCAGGAGACACCUUCACGCUCUUUACCAAUAAGUCCACUUCAUGCUGCCGUGGCCAACACGGCUAGAAUGCAUUCAGUGUCAUUCAAUAUACAGCUUUGACAAGAACGGAGCAAUUACAGGUUUUGGUUGCUAGAAUUUGCAAACAAGUUUGCUCAGUUUUAACAACAUGUGAACUUUCCUUCAGUAGGAAUACUUUCCAUCUGAUGAAAUGUUUUCUCUGAAUCUUCCUGUAGAUCAUCUGUGUUUUGGCAGGCAAAUGCCAUUCUCUUAAUGAUGACAGCACUUCCAGAGCCUCAGACUCUGUUCUUUACUCAAAAUGUCAGUGUGAGUUUGUUGAAGGUUUAACAGAUGCUUUCACGCUCUUCACAGGUGAUUGUAUUCUGCCAGAAGGUCCUGGCUGGAGGGAUAAGAUAUUAAUAAAAUACCUU